CCAGAUACGUCAUCCUGAUGAGCCUUUAUUCGCGACGUACCACCUAGGAUUAUCGACGGUAUCAGCGGACGGGGGGAGGGUCGCAUGUUGGACGCGCUCAUUCGAGCGAUCAUGAAGCAAGUGGAUGCCCUUCACGACUACGAACUGGGUCAAGGUCCAUGCCUUACCCUUUUGCAACUUUUCGAAGGCCGGCUUCGUAAUUCCCUCCUCAGCAAGCGCAAUAGCCGUUACCUGGUGAAGUUUGUCCAUCAAGCCGGGCACUACUUAAGGUACUCAUCCAUAACACUGGGCACUUGGCGCAGACUUGCAUGCCUUGAACAGUCGUCUCAACCCCGACGGCAUUGCCAUAGUCUGUGCCGGUGUAUUACCUGCUGGUGUGGCAGAAACGACAACCUCUGCUUCGGGAGACGUUCUCGUUCCCCAGCAUGUCAACUUCCAAGCGUACGGUCUCGAAUGCUACGUACCAUCGUCACGCCAAAUGGAGGAGAGUCACUGGCUAGAAAGCUGGCUCGAGUAAGCACAAAAGGAGUGAUUGAACUUGAUUACACUGCUUCUUUACUGAGCAAGAUCGCGCUGUAAUUUCGGAGCAGUACAGUAAGAACAAACUUCUCCCAGGUCGUCGCCACUAGAGACCAUCCAUCUCUGUUUGGACGGUGCGAUAGGAACCUAUUGCUCUCAAGAAAACGGCUU